AAUGUUUUAACGAUGAUUAGAGAACAUAACCCGUAAUAGUAAAUACCGAAAGACAAUCCGAACAAAAAAAAAGAAAGAAUACAAUUACUAAACACACAGACUUGACUAUAUAUAUACACGCGUGCGUGGAUAUAUGUAACUAAAUACAGCAUGUCGGAUUACGCAACUUGAAUUGUAAAAGUCAAAAAGAGCCACCGUUGACUGAGCCAUUUCCUAUAUAUAUAUAUAUGUGCUUGUAACCCCCAGACAUUUCAUUAUAUACUAUUAUUCAUCUCUUUUCUGUAUAAUCCUCAAGAUGGCAUCUAGGACCGUCGAUCUGAGCAGCACCAGUUCAAUCUCAGCCGUCCAUCCGGAGGUGUUCCGGACCCACAUCCUGUCCCGACUCGAUGGCCCGACUCUCGCCUCCGCAGCCGCCACGUCAUCGUACUUCCACACACUCUGUUCCGACCAGACCCUCUGGCGCCAAAUCUCCACGGCCACAUGGCCGUCAAUCAACGAUCCACGUGUCCUCCGCCUCAUCACCUCCUUCCCUUCCGGCUUCAUCUCCUUCUUCUCCGACUCAUACCCCUUACCCGACCCGAAUCCGCCGUCAAUACCCGGCCCAACUCCGCCGGAGAAAUUCAUCUCCGCCGUCGAUUUGUACUAUAGAGGACAUCUCAUAUACUCCAAGGUCCAAGAGACGGCGAUCGAAACAGGGUCCGGUUCCGAAUCCGAACUCGCAUCGGGUAGGUUCAUGGAUUCGCCGUUCCGAGUCGAUUUGCUCGACCCGAAAGAGACGGUCCCGACCAAGCUCCGGUACCCAGGAGGCAAUUACGAAUCGUGGGUCCGGGACAUGGAAGAGAACACGACUCUGAACUGGGUCAUAAUCGACCCGACCCGGAAACGGUCGGCGAACGUGUCGAGCCGGAGAGCAGUGUCGGCCCAGCGGAACUGGGUGACGGGGAACCUGGAGUUACGUUUCGCAGCGGCGGCGGCGGAGACGGCGGGGGUGACGGAGGUGGUGGCUGUGGGUGCGGGGGAUUCGUGGAAGGAGGUGGACGAAGAAGUGGGGGGCGAAGUGCACGUGAGGGACGUGAGGCUUCAGGUGGAGGACAUGGAAGGGAAGUGUAUGAAUGGGAAGGACAGUUUGGUAAUUCUGCAGGGGCUGUUGCAGGGGAAGAGGCUUGGGAUUGGGGAGGAAGAAGAAGACGACGAGGGAGGGAGAGUGAUGAAGACAAGGUACGAGGAAUACGUGGAGGCCAAGAAACGGUGGAGAGAGAGAAAGGAGAGGAGAGAGAGAGCAAAGGAUUAUGGAUUUAUGGUUUUUGGGUGCGCUCUGUUUUUGCUUUUGUGGAGUUUGAUUUUGUUUAGGUGAGAGAGAGAGAGGGAGAUGCAUACACAUAUACAGAUACUGAUAAUACAGUUGUGCGUAUAGAUCCUUAGACGAAAAUCUGGUAACAGUUUUCAAAACACAUGCAAAUUCAUGCAAGGGGGAACGUAAAUGCAUAAAAUAUUCUGAUCGAUUGGUGAUAUUAUAUAGAUGGAUCAUUUCAUUUGUCAA